UACAAUUUCAGGACUGUGAUAUCACAAUGACCUCUAACCGUUACUUGGAUCCUUCGACAUCAGUUUAUUUGAAUAAAAAGACAGUCUUUUCUGCUAGCCUGAACUUAGCCACCAUAAGAAGCGAAGGUUUUAUUCGUCCUCAUUAUUCACAUCAGGUUGACCCAUGGAACUUGAAGCCGCCUGAUUUCUCUCCUAAACUCUACACAUCUCUGAGUGUCCCUCGAAGGAAGAAGACAAAAAAUACACAUCAUCCUUUACUGACACUUGCCUCCAGUGAGACAGUCUUAAGUGUGGACAGAUUUACCCCAAACAUUCUAAUUCCUGAGAUUGACCAGAAUAAAAAAGCACUGCCAAAGUUCAGCACAUCAUACAGACCUCCUGGCUCUUUAGAAUCCAAGCAGAUGUUCGUUAAAACAGGGAAAUACCCUCCUGUGGCCUACAAGAACCCUAAACCACAUAACUUUAGACAGCUUGCUGAUGACAUGCCAAAUAUGGUUACUGCAGCUGAAAGGGAUCCUGGUCAGUUGAACUUCAAAUCUCAGCACCUGAGUAUAAUUAGGGGGACCAGAUCGGACACAGACAUUUAUUCAAGGGAACCUUUUGGGAAGAUGGACACCUAUAAGCCAACAGAGCCUAGAUGGGAGGCCAGGCUCACACUCCCUAAAUUGCCUUGGCCCCCAAAAUCUGCCUCCUACACUAGACACAGGCACAGACGCGGAGUGUACAGUGCUUUCAUGGACAGAGUAGAGGAGAAGAUCUCCAGCUCUUGGAAAACUGGCUGACACUUUGACCUCUAAAGUCUUCUAUGGAGUCCACAGCUGUGCAGUGAUCUGUGCAUAGGCUCCACUAAAAUGUCCAGUGUGUUAAGCCAGAUAAUAUGUUCUAAUCUGGGUGUGUGAAAGGCAUGGCUGAAAUAUUUGCAUUCACAGAAAGGAAUCUUGCAGGCUAUAGCAUAAUAAAAAUACUUUGAGGUAUCAUGAAAAUACAAUAAUUGUAGGCUAGACUAGAGACUUCAUUGCAAACCAAUUGCCCAUGCCAUGACACUUUUUGAAAGAUGUCCUUUUUUUUCAAUUUAUCUAGGCCUAAUAGGCUAUUGUGUGUGUAUAAAUCUAUGCUCUCAAGACAAUAGGAGACAAAGAUAAUCCCAGUAACUGGAAAAUGUAAACAAAGUGUGUCAUUACAAUGCCAUUGAAACUAAUUUCUAAAAUGUCGGCCGAAAUGCAAUUAAAGUUCACAAUUGGAGAGCAGCCAAACCUUGCUUAAUCCUGAACAAAAACCUUGAGUAAUUAGUCAGAUGCUCGAUUAAAUUCUGGGUCCAUACAUGAGGGAGGGAGAAG